AUGAGCAAGGAAGCUGAACUUGCUAUGGUCUUACGGUAUCUCCUAAGCCGGAUCCUCAACAACCCCCAAGUUAUUGAGAAACUUUCCGAGUCCUAUCCCAUCCGCCGUGCAGCCCAAAUCACUGCUUAUGCCCUACAACGUGGAAAGGUUGCAGCGUCAGAAGCACUUGACUCGGAAGCAAGCAAGCGUCUGCAGCAGUUUCGUCAGGAUUUCACACAGGAGGUAAAAGAAGGCUUCAAGAAAAUUGAGGAGGAGAACAAAACGAAGAACAUGCCUGAGGGAGCUGCAAACACUGUACAGACCGAUGCUGAAAAGUCGACUGAGGAGAAGAAGCCCAAGUGCAAGGCUUGCUGUGCAUGUCCAGAAACCAAGAGGGCACGGGACGCCUGCAUCAUAGAGAAUGGCGAGGAGAAUUGCACAGAACUCAUAGAGGCUCAUAAAAAGUGCAUGAGAGAGAUGGGAUUCAACAUUUAA